AUGAACAACAAACUCGCUGAUUUAAUUAGCAACUACCUCAACGAAUAGAAACAUCUAACCGAUAAGUAUACUAGGUUAUUCAAUCAAAUUAAACAAGCUGACUCCUAUUAUGGUCGCAAUUCCAAUUCUAUUCUAAAUCUCAAGAAAAGGUCUUCAAAUUCAGAUUACAGUUAUAGUUCCAACAAAGAAAAAGUAUACUGUUAAUUUUGUGGAAAGCAAUACACUAGCAGAUUGCCGCUCAAAAAUCACAUCGAAAAGUUCCACUUCCAAGAAAACUACCCUUCCAAACAGGAACUGUCCACCAAACAGAUCACUCCCUAUGAUGAUGAUGAUGAAGAUUACAGAAAUGACGAAAAUAGUUACAAUGAAGCAGAUGAAGAAUUGAGACAAAAAUUAUUAAGGAAUGUCCAAGCCAUUGAGAAGAGAGAACGCCAGGGUCCUCCUCAAGAAGAAGUCAUCAUCAGUGGCAUAGAUUCAGAUUCAGACAAUUGA